AACCAGCUCUGACCGGCUGCCUGUCAGCGCCGCGUGCGUGCUGUGGGUGGUUGUCAGGGUAACGGUAAACUCACGCGCAGCUGUGUGAGUUUUAGUAGUUAGCACGGUGGCUAAUAACCGUCUUUUUUACCUCAGAGUUUGCGGGAGGGACAUGAAACCGCUUUUUACUCCGGUUUCUGCUUCGGUUUCAGUCUGUGUAGUGAAUUAAGCUCUCUGAUUAAAUGGCUCUGGACGAUGUUCGGCUGCAGUGGAUCCGGGACCGGGUCUGCUCCGCUUUUUACCUGCCGGAACCGAAUUGUUUCGAGGAUCUGUUGAGCCGCGGAUCCGGAUCCGAGCGCGACAAAAUAAUCCGGUUCCUGAACCAGAUUUCCGAGGAGGAGUCCAGCUCAGCGCUGCUGUUCUACAAGCGGAUCCGGGAGGAGGAGGUGGAGGUUCUAAUCCAGGACGAGGAAAAGAAGCAGACCAAUUCUUCUGAAGGUGAACAGGAAGAAGAGUCUACGGCUGAAAACCCGGAUCCAGAAAUCCUGAAGUUGGAGGAGCUUCCUUCUGCUAGAUAUGAGGUACAGAUCAGGUACCAUGUGGAGCUGUAUGUAGCGGUGGACUACAUCCCAGACAGGACCGUGAAGUCCAGCGUCCUCUACUUCCUGAGGAACACUAACGAGCCUAUCUUCGAACCUGUGGACAUACACGAGGCCAACAACUUGAUGCCCAAACUGCUGGAGAUCGGCAUGAUGCCCACCGGCCAGUCCCUGCUGAUGCUCAGGAACCUUCUCCCACAUGUGUAUAUCCCCCUGCUCUCAGCGAAUCAGCUCAAACUCACUGAAGGAGGCUACCAGGAGGCAGCAAGUUCUGAAGAUGGGGGUGAAGCUGAUAAUGGACAUAAGGAUGAAAGCCAGCAGCUGCCAGCCAAGUCCAGCGGCAUGCAGAACAUCCGAGAUGAGCUCCUCAACAGCAUGUACAAGUUCCUGGGCCACAUAAACCAGACCAUCCAGCAGCUGGAGGGUGGGAUUAAACUCCAUAUUCCAGAGCUGGACCUGAAGCAGGAAGUGGAAGCACUCUUGGCCAAUCAGGAGGCAGUAGAAAUUCUGGAGCAGUGUGUGAUGAACUGGCAGGCACAAAUCACCAUCGUUCUCGAAGAGCAGCAGAAGAAGAAACCACAGGCUCCCGGUCCGUUGGCGGAGAUUGAUUUCUGGCGGGAGCGAGCCGCGGCGCUGAGCGCUCUGAGUGAGCAGCUGAAGCUUCCUGUAGUAAAGAAGAUUCUGGAGGUGAUGACCCGGGCUGAACCCGCCACGGUGCAGAACCUGGACCUGACCGUGACCGAGCUGAACAAUUACCUUGUGGAGGCUGUGAAUAACGUGGACUUCCUCAGUACUCUGGAGAGGCACUUUAAGAACCUGGCCACAGGGGUGAGCUUCAUUGUGAUCUUGGAGACCAUCCCUCAGAUGAUGAACGGGCUGCAGCUGGUGUGGAUCAUUUCUAGCCACUACAACACGGACGAGCGCAUGGUGCCGCUGAUGGAGCGCAUCGCCUGGGAGCUGUCUGAGCGCGUUGCUCGCGUCGUCAACAUCCGGCUGCUUUUCAAAGAAAGGCGUGAGGUGGCGAAGGCUAAAGUACUGGAUGGGAAGAAGGUUCUGGAUCAGUGGAAGAGCUGCUACUUCGAGGUUCGGGCUCGAAUCGAGACGUCCGGCACGGAUCCGCGCUGGGAGUUCGACCGCAAGAAGCUGUUUGAGAAGACAGACUACAUGGCGUCCAUCUGUCAGGACCUCUACAACGUCCUGCAGACUCUGGAUGAGUUCUAUAACGUGUUUGGGUCGGAGAUGAGGGCAGUGACUCGUGACUCCAGGAGGAUAGAUGAUGUGGUGCGCUGGGUGGACAGCCUGGUUGUUCCCAUCGAGGAGCUGAACUUCGACCCCUUCGACAUCAGGAAGACGGGCAGCUGGAAGAUGGUGAUGAAGGACUUCAGGAGCAAAGUUCAGGAUAUUGAAGACGAGGCCGUCAGCUUUAUCGAUCAGUCCUUUAAAACUCUGCGCUCGGCCUCCGCCGCCUUCGACAUGCUGCUGAACUUCAGACACAUCCGCUCCAGAGACGCCAUCAACAAGCAGAUGAUGAAGAAGUUCAACGAUAUUCUCACCCAGUACUGCAAAGAGGUGGAGGUGAUAAACAGCAUGUUUGUGGAGCAGAGAGAGAACCCCCCUGUGUCUAAGAUCUAUCCCCCCGUAGCCGGAGCCGUGUACUGGGAGCGCCUGCUGUUCCACCGCAUCAAAGACCCCAUCAUACGCUUCCAGGAGCUGCCCGAGAUGCUGGAUAACGAGCAGGGGAAAUCCGUGACGGAGAAGUACCUGGAGGUGGGGAGGCGGAUGCGGGACUAUGAGGUGAAGAAGGUGGAGGGCUGGAGGAAGGAGACGGAGCGGAUGCUACCUGAGCUAAUGAACAGAACCCUGCUGCUCACGGUCGACAGCUCUGGAGACGUCUGUAAAGAGACGGAGCAGUGCCUGGAGAGAGGGAUACGGUUGGUGGUGAACUUCGCUCCAGAGCUGAAGGAGAUCAUCUCAGAGACCAUAUAUCUGGAUAGGCUGGGCUACGCCGUGCCUGAGCUGGCUCGUAACGUGGCUCUGCAGGAGCACAGGUUCCUGAGGUGUGUGGAUGAGCUGAAGAACCUGGUUAAACGCUGCCACUCUCUGAUGGACAGUCUGAACGAUGCGGAGUUCCUCCUGUUGACCCCGCAGGUGCAGGAGCUCAGGAGAGUGCUGCGUGCUGGAUGGAGGAGGCUGAACUGGAACUCUCUGGGCAUUGCUGAGUUUAUCGGGCGUAGCGAGCAGGCAGUCACGAAGUUCGAGUCUUUGGUGAGCCAGAUUAAGAAGAACGCAAGAGACGUCGACGCCAAGCUUCAGGACAUCGAGACAGCAAACCUUUUUAAAUUCCCAGCUCCAGAUAAAGCAGGAGAUCUACCAGGAGUGAAGGAGUUCUUUGAGCUGGUUGAGAAGCAAAGGGUUAAAGACGUGAUCCUGCUGAGUCUGAUGUACACCGCCAUCGGACCGCUGCUCACCAAGACCGAGAGCCUGAUCAUGCAGACCAGCACCGGCAGGGCCGAGAGCAUGACCCAGUACUACGCUUACUGGGAGCGCAAAGUCUACGACGCCCUGACAAAGAUGGUCCUGAAGAACCUGCAGGUGUUCAACACUGCCCUGAUGGGCUCCACGCCACUCUUCAAAAUCGAGACCAUCCUCUCUGCUCCCGAGAUCGUCCUGCACCCUAAAAGCAACGACGUGUACAAGCUGAUGAUGCAGAGUGUACGGGACUGCCUGGAAUGCACCAAGCGGUUCGUUCGUUGGAUGAACGGAACCUGUAUCGAGUGCCCGCCUCAGCGCGUGGACGGCGAGGACGAGCCCUUCGUCUUCAGCUUCUAUAGCGAGAUCUACCCGCAGCCGCAGGUAAACGAGUGCGCCGUGGCCGUGUCCCAGAGCGCCCAGCAGCUCCUCGGCUCUCUGGGGCGAUACCUGGGCCGCUGGAAACGAUACCACCCCCUCUGGAACCUCGACAAAUCCAUCAUGAUGGAGAAGUUCGCGGCCAAGAAGCCCUCUUGCGUCACGUACGACGAGAAGCUGAAGUUCUACUCCAACAUCGGCCAGGAGGUGGCGCAGCAGCCGCUGGUGAAGGACGUUCACGUGGUCAGACUGGACCUGGAGCCACUGGCUCACACCGUGCAGGAGAACGUCCAGGCCUGGGUCUCCUCUCUGGGGAGGCUGCUGAACGACUCCGCCCGGGAGGACCUGUACGCCCUCCGCUCCGAACUACAGCAAUUGUCGGAGAAUCUGAAGAAGAGUCCGGACACACUGGAGGACCUGAAGUUCGUCCUCAGCACCAUCUCUAAUAUCCGGGACAUGUCUGUGGAUGUAGAGCUGAGGUUCAGAGACAUCCAGGAGAGAUACAGAACCCUCACCAUGUACAACAUCCAGGUUCCAGAGGAGGAGCUGCAGCUGGCUGCUAACAUCAGGAACAUGUGGAGCGAUCUGUUCUCCGAGUCCAGGCAGGUGGACCGCAGUCUGGGUAGAGCUAAAAAGACCUUCACUGAGAUCACGAAGGAGCAGAUAGUGCAGUACAAGCAGGAGGUAGCCAUCUUCGCCGAGAGCUUUAACAUGCAUGGUCCAGGAGCUGUGGGAGACAACCUGGACAAAGGCCUGACCGUGAUGGCCACCUAUGAGGAAGAACUGGCUAAGAUAGAGGCGGGUCGUCAGGAUCUGGUUGGUGCUGAGAAGUUGUUUGACCUGCCAAUCACCACGUAUCCAGAGCUUCUGAACGUCCAGCGGGAGAUGAGAGCCCUGAGGCAGAUCUACGAGGUCUACAAAGCUCAGCAGGCUGCUAAGACGGAGUGGUCUCAGACUCUGUGGGUGAAUCUGAACAUCCAGCUGCUGCAGGAGGGCACGGAGGGCUUCAUUAAGAGUCUGAGGAAGCUGCCGAAGGACGUGAGGGCGAUGCCCGUAGCCUUCUUCCUCGAGGGACGCAUGAAGGAGUUCAAGGAGUCUCUGCCCCUACUGCUGGACCUGAAGAACGAGGCGCUGAGGGACAGGCACUGGAAGGAGCUGAUGGAGCGCACUGGUACCAGCUUUGAGAUGAACCCAGAGACAUUCACACUGGAGAACAUGUUCGCCAUGGAGCUGCAGAAGCAUGGAAACGUCAUCGGAGACAUCGUCACCUCCGCUGUCAAAGAGCUCAGCAUAGAGAAGGGUGUGAAGGAGGUGGUGGACACGUGGGAGGUGAUGAAGUUCAGCGUGCAGCGCUACUUUAAAGGCACUCAGGAGCGCGGCUACAUCCUGGGUUCUGUGGACGAGAUUCAGCAGAAUCUGGAUGAUAAUGCCGUGAACCUGCAGAGCAUGGCGGGUAGUCGCUUCAUCGGGCCGUUCCUGAACGUCAUCCAGCAGUGGGAGAAGAACCUGUCUCUCAUCAGUGAAGUUAUUGAGGUGUGGAUGUUGGUGCAGAGGAAGUGGAUGUACCUGGAGAGCAUCUUCAUUGGAGGAGAUAUCCGAUCUCAGCUGCCAGAAGAAGCCAAGAAGUUUGACCACAUUGAUAAAAUGUUUAAAAAGAUCAUGUCAGACACGGUGAGGGAUCCAGGAAUUAAGAGGUGCUGUCUGGUUCCAAAUCGCCUGUCCGACCUGCAGAACCUGAGUGAUGGAUUGGAGCGCUGCCAGAAGAGUCUGAACGAUUACCUGGACUCCAAACGCAAUGCCUUCCCUCGCUUCUUCUUCAUCUCCGACGACGAGCUGCUGAGCAUUCUGGGAAGCAGUGAGCCGGCCUGCGUCCAGGAGCACAUGAUCAAGAUGUACGACAACAUUGCGUCUCUGCGUUUCGACUCCGGGACGAACGGGGAGACGGUGGCGGGGGCGCUGGUGUCGGCGGAGGGGGAGGUGAUGGAGCUGAAGCAGCCUGUUCCUGCAGAGGGUCGGGUGGAGGACUGGAUGACUGCGGUUCUGCUGGAGAUGAGGAGAACCAACAGACUCAUCACCAAGGAGGCUAUCUUUUACUACUGUCAAAAGAAGAGCAGGGUGGACUGGAUGCUGGACUACCAGGGCAUGGUGGUGCUGGCAGGGAACCAGGUGUGGUGGACGUGGGAGGUGGAGGACGUUUUCCAGAAGAUGAGCUCCGGCGAGAAGCAGGCUAUGAAACAAUACGCCAAGAAGAUGCACCAACAGAUCGAUAACCUGGUGAGACGCAUCACUCAGCCUCUGAAGAAGAACGACCGACGCAAACUCAACACUGUCCUCAUCAUCGACGUCCAUGCCAGGGACAUCGUGGACAGCUUCGUGAGAGACAGUAUUACAGAUGCUGGUGAGUUUGAGUGGGAGAGUCAGCUGCGCUUCUACUGGGAUAAGAAGCCAGACGACCUGUUUGUGCGUCAGUGUUCUGCUGAGUUCUCCUACGGCUACGAGUACAUGGGCCUGAAUGGCCGGCUGGUCAUCACCCCGCUCACCGAUCGCAUCUACCUCACACUCACACAGGCUCUGUCUAUGUAUCUGGGUGGAGCUCCAGCCGGACCUGCAGGAACAGGGAAAACCGAGUCCACUAAAGAUCUGGCUAAAGCUCUGGGGCUGCUGUGUGUGGUCACCAACUGUGGAGAGGGCAUGGACUACAUGGCGGUGGGGAAGAUCUUCUCGGGUCUGGCUCAGUGUGGAGCCUGGGGCUGCUUUGACGAGUUCAACCGUAUAGACGCCUCAGUGCUGUCCGUCAUCUCCUCCCAGAUCCAGACCAUCCGCAACGCUCUCAUACUGCAGCUCAAGAGGUUCCAGUUUGAGGGUCAGGAGAUCAGCUUGGACUCCAGAAUGGGAAUCUUCAUCACGAUGAACCCGGGCUACGCCGGGCGCACCGAGCUGCCGGAGUCGGUGAAGGCUCUGUUCCGGCCGGUGGUGGUUAUCGUUCCUGACCUGCAGCAGAUCUGUGAGAUCAUGCUCUUCUCUGAGGGAUUCCUCUUGGCCAAGGUGUUGGCGAAGAAGAUGACGGUGUUGUAUAAGCUGGCGCGAGAGCAGCUUUCCAAACAGUCUCACUAUGAUUUCGGGCUGCGAGCGCUGAAGUCUGUGCUGGUGAUGGCAGGAGAACUCAAGAGAGGCUCCCCCGAUCUCAAUGAGGAUGUGGUGCUGAUGCGAGCUCUGAGGGAUAUGAAUCUCCCUAAGUUUGUAUUUGAGGAUGUUCCUCUGUUCCUGGGGCUGAUCUCGGACCUGUUCCCGGGGCUGGACUGUCCCCGUGUUCGCUACCCCAACUUUAACGAUGCUGUGGAAACAAUCAUGGAGGAGAACAAGUACAGCCUCCUGCCCAAUCAGGUGGAUAAGGUGGUGCAGAUGUACGAGACCAUGAUGACCAGACACACCACCAUGGUGGUGGGACCCACAGGAGGAGGGAAAUCUGUGGUUAUUAACACUCUGUGCCAAGCCCAGACCAGGCUGGGACUGUUGACCAAAAUGUACGCUCUGAACCCCAAAGCCAUGAGUGUGAUCGAGCUCUACGGCAUCCUGGACCCGGUGACCCGAGACUGGACCGACGGGAUUCUGUCCAACAUCUUCAGAGACAUCAACAGACCUACUGACAAAAAGGAGAGAAGGUACAUCCUGUUCGAUGGAGACGUGGACGCUCUGUGGGUGGAGAAUAUGAACUCAGUGAUGGAUGACAAUAAGCUGCUAACGCUGGCUAACGGAGAGAGGAUCCGCCUGCAGAACCACUGCGCUCUCCUGUUCGAGGUUGGAGACCUGCAGUACGCCUCCCCUGCCACUGUGUCCCGCUGUGGAAUGGUGUUUGUGGACCCCAAAAACCUUCGCUACGCCCCCUACUGGCAGAAGUGGGUGAACAACAGACCUCCAAAAGAGCAGGCAGACCUGAGGAAGCUGUUUGAGAAGUACGUUCCCAGCAUUAUAGAGAUGGUGGUGGAGGGCAUCACUGAUGGCAAACAAGGAGAGAAGCUGAAGACGAUUGUCCCUCAGACUGAUUUAAACAUGGUGGUGCAGUUGUCUAUGAUGCUGGAUGCUCUGCUGGAGCCGGAAGAUCUGAGCUCUGAGGAGCUGGAGUGUUUUUUUAUCGAGGCUCUGUACUGCUCUCUGGGAGCCGCGCUGCUGGAGACCGGCCGGAAGAAGUUUGACGACUUGGUUAAGAAGCUGUCGUGUCUCGUCAGCGUUCAGGACGAGAAAACCCUCGCCGGACCCGGAGAGAUACCGGGUUACCUGCCGACUCUCUUCGACUUCCACUUUGACGGAACUACAAAGAAGUGGAUGCCCUGGAGCUCACUGGUUGCCAAAUACAUCCAUAACCCUGAUACAAAAUUCAUCGACAUUCUUGUGCCGACGGUGGACACGACUCGGGUGAACUGGCUGCUGGAGCAGAUGGUGAAGGUGAAGAGGCCGGUGGUUCUGGUUGGAGAGUCUGGAACCUCGAAGACGGCAACAACUCAGAACUUCCUCAACAACCUCAACCCAGACUCUACCAUGGUUCUGACCAUUAACUUCUCAUCAAGAACCACAUCAAUGGACCUGCAGAGGAGCCUGGAGGCCAGCGUGGAGAAGCGGACCAAGGAGACCUACGGUCCUCCCAUGGGCAAGAGUCUGCUGGUGUUUAUGGACGACCUCAACAUGCCGCGGGUGGAUGAGUACGGUACCCAGCAGCCGAUAGCCCUGCUGAAGCUGCUGCUGGACAGGGGGGGGAUGUACGACCGAGGGAAGGAGCUGAACUGUAAGCAGCUGAAGGAUCUGGGCUUUAUCGCUGCGAUGGGUAAAGCAGGAGGCGGCAGGAACGAGGUGGACUCUCGCUUCAUCUCCCUUUUCUCUGUGUUCAACAUCCCCUUCCCUGAGGAAGAAGCUCUGCACCUCAUCUACUCCUCCAUCCUUAAAGGACACACCCGGCCGUUUGAGGAAUGUAUUCGGAAUAUGUGUGAUAAGCUGACCUUCUGCACGCUGGAACUUUAUAAAACCAUCAUUAAAGACCUUCCCCCAACUCCCUCCAAAUUCCACUACAUCUUCAACCUCAGAGAUCUGUCCAGAGUCUACAACGGCCUCACCCUCACCAACGCUGAGAGGUUCCUGACGGAGGCUCAGUUUGUGAGGGUCUGGAGGAACGAAUGUCUGAGGGUAUUCUACGACCGGCUCAUCAACGAGACCGAUAAAGCUCUUGUCCAGGGUCACAUUAAGAGCCUGAUCCAGGAACACUUUGGUUCUGAGCUGGACUCUGCAAUGAGAGACCCGAUUCUGUUCGGAGAUUACAGAACAGCCCUCAGCGAGUCCGAGCCCAGAGUCUACGAGGACAUCCAGGACUACGACGCCUGCAAAGCCCUGUUCCAGGAGAUCCUGGAGGAGUACAACGAGAACAAGACCAGGAUGAACCUCGUACUGUUUGAUGAUGCUCUAGAUCACCUGACCCGAGUCCAUCGCAUCAUCAGGAUGGACCGUGGCCACGCCCUCUUGGUCGGGGUGGGCGGGUCCGGAAAACAAUCCCUCACCAAACUGGCUGCUUUCACCGCAGGAUGUGAUGUGUUUGAGAUAGUUCUGAGUAGGGGCUACUCAGAGUCCAACUUCCGUGAAGAUCUGAAGACCCUCUAUGUUAAACUGGGUAUUGAGAAUAAGAGAACGGUGUUCCUGUUCACUGACGCUCACGUAGCUGAGGAGGGCUUCCUGGAGCUCAUCAACAACAUGCUGACCUCAGGCAUGGUUCCUGCACUGUUUCCUGAUGAUGAGAAGGAGAGCGUCCUGAAUCAGAUCAGAGACGAGGCGGUGAAGAUGGGAUCAGGACACUCUAAAGAGAGCGUGUGGCAGUACUUCAUUAAUAAGAGUGCCAGUAAUCUGCAUAUAGUGCUGGGCAUGUCUCCUGUAGGGGACGUCCUGCGAACCCGCUGCAGGAACUUCCCAGGGCUGGUGAAUAACACUGGUAUCGACUGGUUCCUGCCGUGGCCUCCCCAGGCUUUACAUGCAGUGGCUCAGUCCUUCUUGGGUGAGAGCCCUAUGAUCCCCGCGGCUCAUUCGGAGACUGUGAUUGGUCACGUGUGCAUGGUGCACGGCUCUGUGGGAGAGUUCAGCACCCUGUUCCAGCAGAAGCUCCGCCGCAGUAACUACGUCACCCCCAAAAACUACCUGGACUUCAUCAGCACCUACUCCACCCUGCUGCAGGACAAGGACCAGUUCAUCCUGGCUCAGUGUAAGCGGUUGGAGGGGGGUUUGGAUAAGCUGGAGGAGGCCAGUGUGCAGCUCGCUGAUCUUAAUAAGAAGCUGGCGGAGCAGAAAGUGGUUCUGGCUGAGAAAUCCAGCGCCUGUGAGAGUCUACUGCAGGAGAUCUCCACCAACACCGCUAUCGCCGAGGAGAAGAAGAAGCUGGCGGAGGAGAAAGCUAAAGAGAUAGAAGAGCAGAAUAAAGUGAUACUGGUGGAGAAGAAGGAUGCUGAGAGCUCAUUGGCCGAGGCUCUGCCCGCUCUGGAGGCGGCUCGCAUCGCCCUGCAGGAUCUGGACAAGUCCGACGUCACUGAGAUCAGAUCUUUCGCUAAGCCACCCAAGCAGGUGCAGGUGGUGUGCGAGUGCAUCCUGGUCAUGCGUGGACAUAAGGAGAUAAACUGGAAGACGGCUAAAGGCAUGAUGUCCGAGGCCAACUUCCUGCGCUCGCUCAUGGAGAUGGACUGCGACUCCAUCAGUGGAGGCCAGGUUAAGACCGUCAGAGGCUUCCUGAAGAACCUGAACACGUCGUCUGAGGAGAUGCAGGCCAUCAGUAAAGCCGGCUCUGGCAUGCUGAAGUUCGUGGAGGCGGUGAUGGGCUACUGCGACGUGGCCAGAGAGAUUAAACCCAAGAGAGAGAAGGUGGCCAGGCUGGAGAAGAACUUCUUCCAGAGUAAGCGAGAGCUGGAGAAGAUCCAGAGCGAGCUGGAGGCCAUUCAGAAGGAGCUGGGCGCUCUGGGGGAAAAGUACAGUGCCGCCAUGGGCGAGAAGCAGCUGCUGCAGGAAGAGGCGCAGCUAAUGGAGCGCAGACUCAUCGCUGCAGACAAACUCAUCUCCGGCCUCGGAUCAGAGAACCAACGCUGGACAGAGGACCUGGAGGAGCUGAAGAAGAAGCGAGUGCGGCUGCUGGGAGACUGUCUGAUCUCUGCGGCGUUCCUGAGCUACGAGGGAGCCUUUAACUGGGACUUCCGUAACGAGAUGGUGUACGAGGCGUGGCAGAAAGACGUGCUGGAGCGAGGCAUCCCCCUCAGCCAGCCCUUCCGUAUAGAGAGCCUGCUCACCGACGAGGUGGAGAUCAGCAGAUGGGGAUCAGAGAGUCUUCCUCCAGACGAGCUGUCAGUGCAGAACGGCAUCCUCACCACCAGAGCCAGCCGCUUCCCCAUGUGCAUCGACCCCCAGCAGCAGGCCCUCAACUGGAUCAAGAAGAAGGAGGAGAAGAACAACCUCAAGAUCUCCUCAUUCAAUGAUCCAGACUUCCUGAAGCAGCUGGAAAUGGCCAUCAAGUACGGAUUCCCCUUCCUGUUCCAAGAUGUAGACGAGUACAUCGACCCGGUCAUAGAUAACGUCCUGGAGAAGAACGUUAAAGGAGCCGAGGGUCGACAGGUCAUCGUACUCGGAGAUAAGGAAGUCGACUAUGAUCCAAACUUUAAACUUUACCUCAACACUAAACUGGCCAACCCUAAAUACUCACCGGCAGUGUUCGGAAAGGCCAUGGUCAUCAACUACACCGUGACUCUGAAGGGUCUGGAGGACCAGCUGCUGAGCGUGAUUGUGGGAUUUGAGCGUAAGGAGCUGGAGGAGCAGAGGGAGCGUCUGAUCCAGGAGACCAGCCAGAACAAGCGUCUCCUCAAAGACCUGGAGGACUCUCUGCUCCGAGAGCUCGCCACCUCCACCGGGAACAUGCUGGAUAACGUCGAGCUUGUCCACACGCUGGAGGAGACCAAGUCCAAGGCCGGCGAGGUGUUUGAGAAGCUAAAGCUAGCUGAAACUACGUCCGCAGACAUCGAUAAACUGCGUGACGGUUAUCGUCCUGCGGCAAAGCGCGGGGCUAUCCUGUUCUUCGUGCUGGCUGAGAUGGCUCUGGUGAACAGCAUGUAUCAGUACUCACUCGCCUCCUUCCUGGAGGUGUUCGAUUAUUCACUGCGUAAAUCCCUGCCCAACUCCAUCCUGCCCAAGAGACUGAGCAACAUCAUGAACACGCUCACGCUCAACGUCUACAACUACGGCUGCACCGGGCUGUUCGAAAGACACAAGCUUCUCUUCUCCUUUAACAUGACCAUAAAGAUAGAGCAGGCUGAAGGUCGCGCUCCUCAGGAAGAGCUCGAGUUCUUUCUUAAAGGUAACCUGUCUCUGGAGAAGAGUAAGAGGAAGAAGCCGUGUGAUUGGCUGCCUGAUCAGGGCUGGGAGGAUAUUGUGCGUCUGAAUGAGCUUUUCCCCAACGAGUUUGGAGCGCUGAUAGAGGACAUAGAGAAGAAUCCCAAAGAGUGGAAGAAUUGGUUUGAUCUGGACAGUCCAGAGCAGGCUCCGUUCCCUAUGAAGUACAGAGACAGUCUGACCGUCUUCCAGAAGCUUCUGCUGCUGCGCUGCUUCAGAGUGGACCGGGUGUACCGCGCUGUCAGUGACUACGUCACCGCCACCAUGGGAGAGAAGUACGUUCAGCCCCCUGUGAUCAGUUUUGAGGCUAUAUUCGAGCAGAGCACUCCCAGCUCGCCCAUCGUCUUCAUACUGAGCCCUGGCUGCGAGCCGGCCAACGACCUGAUGAAGCUGGCCGAGCGAUCUGGCUUUGGGACCAACAGACUGAAGUUCUUGGCCAUGGGACAGGGUCAGGAGAAGGUUGCACUGCAGCUGCUGGAGACGGCAGUGUCGCGAGGUCAGUGGCUGAUGCUGCAGAACUGUCAUCUGUUGGUGAAGUGGCUGAAAGAUCUGGAGAAAGCUCUGGAGAGGAUCACCAAGCCUCACCCAGACUUCCGCCUGUGGCUCACCACCGACCCCAUCAGAGACUUCCCCAUCGGCAUCCUGCAGAAAUCCCUCAAGGUUGUAACGGAGCCCCCGAACGGUCUAAAGCUGAAUAUGAGAGCUACAUACUUUAAGAUCCAGCUGGAGACUCUGAUGAGCUGCCCUCACCCGGCCUACCGCAGCCUGGUCUACGUCCUGGCCUUCUUCCACGCCGUGGUGCAGGAGAGACGCAAAUACGGCAAGAUCGGCUGGAACGUGCCCUACGACUUCAACGAGUCCGACUUCCUGGUGUGUAUGGAGAUCCUGAACACCUACCUGACCAAAGCUCAUAAUCAGGGUGAAGGCAGUAUCCCAUGGGGAAGCCUCAAAUACCUGAUUGGAGAGGUGAUGUACGGGGGCCGGGCGAUCGACAGCUUCGACCGCAGGAUCCUCACCGUCUACAUGGACGAGUAUCUGGGAGAUUUUAUCUUCGACACCUUUCAGCCUUUCCAUUUCUUCCACAACAAAGACGUGGACUACAGGAUCCCGCCUGACGGAUCCAAGGAGGUUUAUGUUGAGGAGAUCGAGUCCCUCCCCCUGGCUAACACUCCGGAAGUGUUUGGACUGCACCCCAACGCUGAGAUCGGCUACUACACUCAGGCUGCUCGAGACAUGUGGACUCACCUCAUAGAGCUGCAGCCCCAAACAGGUGAUUCUGGGGGCGGGAUCAGUAGGGAUGAGUACAUCGCUCAGGUGGCGCGGGACAUUCAGAACAAGCUCCCCAGCGCGUUCGACCUGGACGUGAUCCGGAAGAAGUUGGGUCCGGACGUCUCGCCCACGUCUGUUGUUCUGCUGCAGGAACUCGAGCGCUUCAACAGACUCGUCCUCCGCAUGAGCCGCUCGCUCUCCGAGCUCCAACGGGCGUUAGCAGGUGAGGUGGGGAUGAGCAGUGAGCUGGAUGAAGUAGCCAGAGCUCUGUUUAAUGGUCAGAUUCCGGCGAUCUGGAGGAAACUGGCUCCCGAUACACUGAAGUCUCUGGGGAACUGGAUGAUCCACUUCAGGAGACGCCACCAGCAGUACAGCUCCUGGGUGGAGGUUGGUGAGCCGGCGGUGAUGUGGUUGUCAGGGUUACACAUCCCGGAGUCGUACCUGACGGCGCUGGUUCAGGCUACCUGCAGACGGAACGGCUGGCCUCUGGACCGAUCCACACUUUACACACACGUUACUCACUACCGCAGUGAGGACGAGGUCACCGAGAAACCCGGACAGGGUUGUUAUGUAUCCGGUCUGUAUUUGGAGGGAGCUGAUUGGGACGUAGAGCAGGGCUGUUUGGUGCGAAGUAAACCCAAAGAACUGGUGGUCCAGCUGCCCAUCCUCAAGGUUAUUCCCAUAGAGGCCCACCGGCUCAGAUUACAGAACACCCUGCGGACGCCCGUCUACACCACGUCCAUGAGGAGGAACGCGAUGGGCGUCGGCCUGGUGUUUGAGGCCGACCUCUUCACCACUGAGCACCACUCCCAUUGGGUCCUGCAGGGGGUGUGUCUGUACCUCAACUCUGACUGACUUCAAAUAUUAAAUAUAUAUCAAAUGUAUUUUUUUUUCUUUUUCAGUUAUUUGUGUGGGUUUUUCUUACAAAAACAGCAGUAAAAACCUUAUUUUUCAUAAAUGUUUACUAUGCACUAAGGGGUAUUUAUACUAACAAAGACCAGGUGUGAGCAAUUAGAAGCUGGGAGAGCUUGAGCACCGUUGUCACCGAGAUAUUUAGUGAUGUUCAGUGAUGGGGGUUCUUUAAUGUGUAAAAUAUAGAUGCACUGUCACAUAUUGACCACAUGGUGGCGGCAGACAGCAGAGAGUGGCUGCAGAUGAAACUCUCUCUCUUUCUUUCUCUCUCUCUCUCUCUCUUCUAACUCACCUAUUUAUUAUCUCACUCCACAGAUCUCUUUAUUAACUCCCCCGUCUUCCUCUUUCACUUAUUCCACAUUUAAUCUGUUCAUCCACCCUCAGAGAGAUAGAGAACGACAGAGAGAGUAAGAUACAAAAAGAGAGAGAUACAGUGAGAAACAAGAGAAAGAGAGAAACACAGUGAGAGUGAGAUACAAAGAGAGAUACAGAGAGAAAAAAGAGAAAGAGAAACUGUGAGAAAAAAGAGAGAGAAAGAUAAAUACAGAAAGAAAAAAGAGAGAGAAAGAGAGAGAUACAGUGAGAAUGAGAUAAAAAGAGAGAGAGAAAGAGAUACAGAGAGUGAUAUACAUAGAGAGAGAAAAAGAGAGAUACAGAGAGAAAAAAGAGAGAAAAAGAGAGAUACAGUGAAAGUGAGAUAAAAAAGAGAAAGAGAAAGAGAGUUACAGAGAGGGCAAAAUUCAAAGAGAGAGAGAAAAGGAGAUUACAGAGAGAAAUAACAAGAUACAGUGAGGAAAGAGAGAUACAGUGAGGAAAAAGAGUGAGAGAAAGAGAGAGAUACAGAGAGAAAAAUGAAGAAAGAGAUAUGCAAAGAGAUAGAAAGAGAGAGAGAUAGAGACAGCCAAUGAAAACCCAAAAUGUCUUUCUCUCUCAGAAAAUUAGAAUAUUAUAUAAAAGACCAACUGGUACUUUUGGGGCAGUGUGAGCAGUGUGCCAAGUCCUGCUGGAAAAUGAAAUCCACAUCUCCAUAAAAGUUGUCAGUAGCAGAGGGAAGCUGUAAGAUAUGAAGUGCUGUAAGAUUCUGUGGGAAAACAAAACUGCACUGACUUUAGACUUGAUAAUAAAACACAGUGGAUCAACACCAGCAGAUGACAGACAUGUCUCUCCAAACCAUCACUGAUCAUCAGUACAUUUUACAUUUCAUUUAUAAAGAAAAUCAAGUGAUCAGAGUCUGGAGGAAGAGUGGAGAGACACACAGUCCAAACUGCUCCAGGUCUAGUGUGAAGUUUCCACCAAUCAGUGAUGGUUUCGGGAGAUGCAGAUUUCAUUUUCCAGCAGGAUUUUUUGGGUUUUCACCGGCUGUAUGCCAUAAUCAUCAACAACAAAGGAGGAUUUUUAUUGUGUGUAAAACAUCUGUAUAAUAUAUGAGCUUCAAAUUUUGAACUGAAUUACUGAAAUAAAGCAACUUUUAAUUA